AUAAAACAAUGAAGAUCAUCAUUUCUUCUUCUUUGUUUUUUUUUUCUUAUUAUUUUUUUUAUAUUAUAAAUGCUUUAUUCACAAAUUAUUAAUGUAUUACCACAUAGAAUUUUAACAAGUUUAUGGACAAAGCAAGAAACUCGAAUUUCGCUUUCACACCUCAUAAACUAUGAUAAUAAAAAUGAACAACCUGCAGCUAUAACAUCUAAUUUCCUAUGUAAUGAAUUACCUAUUCGAUAUACACAUAUAUUACGUUUAUUAUCUACAUUAUCACCAGAGACAUUAAAGUCACCCAUUAUUCGACAUGUAGCGCAUAAUUAUUUACGCGAUAUUUGUACUUUAUUACAUCCUUCUUUAAAAGAAACUUCACCUAAAGCAUUUAUCAAUGUUUUAACUGAUUUACGUCAACGUCAAUCUAUUAAUCUUAUUCGACUUAAAUAUGCUCUUUUAUCAUCAUCCUUUUCUUCUACCACGAAUACUAUUCAACUCUUAGAGAAUUUGAAUACAAUUGGCACUGGUAUUUAUCUUUUACUUGAUCAAUAUGUUUCAUGGAAUUUCAAUAAAAACGAUCAUGUACAACCUAUUUGUCCUGAAGAGAUAGCUCAGAAAGCUGUGUCUGAUGCACACGAUAUGGUAUCGACUACUUUAGGCACGAGCCAAAUUCCUAAGAUUGAAAUUAUUAGAAAGAAUAUGUAUACAAAGGAUACAUCCUCCUUUGUCUAUAUCCCUAGUGUCUUUCAUCGUAUUCUUUACGAAACAAGCUUAUUAGCAUUAAAAGCUCAUGUAUUUCAACAACAGGGAUCAUCAUCAUCACCUACUAAAUGGUUUUCGUGGCUUUUUAAUAAAUCACCACCUAAACUUUCCAUGUGUUUAUUUGGUGGGCCUACGAGUAUUGGAUGUCGAUUAGAGACAAGUGAGCCCCUGAUAGAGAGAGAUCUAUUACCAGAUAUACCACGUGAUGUAUUGGGUAUACCUACCUCUGCCUCUGUUCUUUCCACCAUGACCCAAACUCAAGGAGAACGACGACGACGACGACGACCACAACAACAACAACAACAACAACGGCUUUUACCUCAUACAGAAUGGAUGAAUGGAUGGCAGGUAGCCAAAUCAUUGGCCAAUCAUUGGGGUGGACAACUCAACGUUGUCUCAGCAGAAGGAUUAGGAUCCAGCCUCUAUUUGAGUUUAGAUCGUGAUACAAGUCUGAGGGAACAAUAUCCUACUAAUUCUAAUUUUAUAAGGGGUGCAUCAGCAGAAUUACUUCGACACGAUCGUCGUGUAUCUGCCAUUGGCUUUACCUCGGUCCAAGCAGCGACUGCUCAAUUAGAUGCCUUUCUAUAUGCUAUCUCUGAUCAUCAUUCACCACCACCACCAAACUGGCAUGAGACGCAACAACAGCAACCUUAUCAUCAUUCAGUUUCUUUAAUGGCAGCAGUUGGUCAUGCUUAACUAUAUAUAUGAAUAUGUCAAAAAGAAAAAAAAAAUAUAUAUAUAUAU